GAAGGAAGAAACAGAAGCUUGCCAAAGAGAGAGCAGGGCUUUCCAAGUUGCCUGAUCUGAAAGAUGCUGAAGCAGUUCAGAAGUUUUUCCUUGAGGAAAUUCAGCUUGGCGAGGAACUACUAGCUCAAGGUGAAUAUGAGAAAGGUGUUGAUCACUUGACCAAUGCCAUUGCUGUGUGUGGACAGCCGCAGCAGCUACUACAAGUUCUACAGCAGACUCUUCCACCACCAGUGUUUCAAAUGCUUCUAACUAAGCUCCCUACAAUAAGUCAGAGAAUUGUAAGUGCACAGUGCUUGGCUGAAGAUGAUGUUGAAUGAGGUCACACCACAACAGGGGGAAAAAAUGUUUUCUUACCCCAGAAGAUGAGCAUCAGUAGGGGGAUAAAGGGGCAAACAUAGUAGUUAAUGGACUGUGUACCACAUCGGGUUCUACCAGAGUUAAAAUUAACUUUGUGUAGGUGGGUUUCGCAGGAUUUUAUUUAUUAUCCCAGUGAAAAAGUGUAUUUUGAUAAGAAUUCAUUUUAUAAAUACACUGUGUUGAGUUAUCAAAGUAUCACUAACUUCAUCAUUAUUAAAAUAUGCAGUUGUAAUGUUGUACAUAUAAAGGCAUAAAACUACAACCUAUUAAAAACCCAAUGCUCAUUUUUGAAAAAACGAAGUGAUGGCAAUAAAGAUUUAUCUGCACUUGUGUGUCCCUAUAGUACUACUUUAAAUUUCAGAACAUUUGAAUGUCAGAGCAAAUGAUCAAAAAAUGACUUAACAUUAAAAUCUAUUUUUAAUGUUA